AUGAGGAUUAACAAGGGAUUAUUUCUGUCAGUGUACUCAUUUUGCUUGUUAUUUGGCCCGAUCACUAGAUCUAUUUAUGUUGAGGGGAGCAAAAAGUUAUUUGGUCUUCAUGGGAACCAGAACUAUGGAUUUUCUGGAGAGAAAGAUCAAAUAAAGGAAGAAGAUUUGGUGGUAACAAUGGACAAGUUGAGACGAGUUAACUCGUGUUUUGUUCCAGAGGUUCAAGAAAAUACAUGGUAUGCUCCAAUGGUUUUCUAUAAAAGAUACAAACAUCUAAGCCAAAUUUAUAAGAAAUGUAGUAUUUUAAAACUCAAGAAUUUUUGUGAUGAAUUUUCAGAAAUAAUUGAAUGCCCUAGAGAUUUAUCAAGUGGGGAAGUGGUUGUAUCUUCUCAGGGUAAAGAAGCUUCUACUGUUUUUGCUAUGUUGAAAAGUCCUAUAGAAAAGGAAAAACAACAGGUUAAGGAGAAAUUUGAGCUAUUUAUGGGAUGUGUAUAUGAGCUUGGGAAGAGAUCAUCUCUAAGAGUGAGAUGUCUUCAUUCUAACAAGGCUAAGAAGUUUCCUUUAAAGAUUGUUACAAAAGUGGAUGGAAGAACAAACGACUUUCUUUACCACUUUAACCAUGAACUAAUAAUAUAUUCAAGAAUGGCCUCGAGCACUUAUGGAGCUUCGAAAAUUAGGCUUCAUCCAUCUAUAUAUAGUGUGUUUGUACAGCCAAAUAGAAGAUUAAUUUCCAGGAAUGUCUUAUUAAUGGAGUUUAUAGAAGGACCUGCUAUUUCUUCAAUCAUUUCCGAGCUGAUUGACUAUCCAAAUCUUCUAAAGUACCUCAAGAAUAGGGUGAAUGCAAUACUAGAGGAGAGUAUCAGGAUCUAUGAUUCAAAGUUUCCUUCAUUAAGAACAGAUGAAAAGAUUAAUGUUGAAUCUAAGGCAAAACUUCUGGAGAACUCUAUCAACAUUUGGAUUAAUAACUAUACAGAAAGAACUAUAGUUUUCUCAGUGAACCUUUAUAGAAGGUUAUUAUAUCUUUUGGAUUUAUUUCACAGAGGAGGAACAUCUUUCUAUCCAGAAGAAUUGGAGGAUUAUUCGAGAGGAAAGUGGAAAUCUUCUAGAUCUUUUAGAAUCCAUUGUGAUUUUCACCAGGGAAAUAUCUUAGUAAAGAUUUCAGAAAAAUUCAAGAGCGAGAAUAGUGAUGUUUAUAACCUCACAUAUAAAGACAUACUUGAUAUAGAUUUAUACAAUGAUCUUAAAAUCAUAGAUUUGGAGGAUGCUGUUGAGCUCAAAGAAUCUGAUUUCCCAGUCCCAAUUGAUAAACUUAUUGGAACUCAUCCUUGCCCUGUAUAUCUAACAGAUGCUGAGGGAUUUUCUGCCAGACUACUUAGCAACAUCAUUUUGAUUUCCAAUACUCUUCAUCAGUCUUUGUCUACAUUACAGGAUUUCUUUUUAGGAGGAGGAACCAAGAGCCUGAUUUUUGAUAAUAAGGUGGUCUCAGACUGGAUAACUGGAAGUAAUCCAGAAAGGAUUUCAGAACUUGGAAAUUAUUCUUUCAAGCUUAAAGAUUCAAUAUUGAAAAGAUUAAAAAUACACUCAGAUAAUUGGGAUAGAUAUGUUGACUUAAUUACUAAUGACGAAAUAUUGAAACCUUGCAUAUCUUAUUAUCAUAUCAAAUAUGGGAAAAAACUUCCUCCAAAGUCUCAUCUUCCUUGUUCUUGGCUUUCAAAUAUUUUGUUUUCACAAAAAGCUUGUCAUUAUCUUCAAAUUUCACAUGCAGAGUUAGACCCAUUUCAACUAGAAUCCGAGGAUAAAGACCUUAAGGUUGAGCUUGGGGAACUUUUUAGACUCUCAAAUAUGACACUUUGUCAUAUUGAAGAAACUGAAGCUUUAAGUAUAUCUGUAAAUAAUGUCUCCUCGUCUAUUGAAGAAUUCCUUCCGAAUGUUUCAGAGAUUAAUAAGACAGAAUGGGGAGAGUGGUCAGCUUUGUUUAAAAACCAGACAUUUGGAGAAGGCUCAAACACUAAAAAGAGCUUAGGCACUAGUAGUAAUGGAGUUAUAAUUACAAACUCGAAUUCAAAAAAGGUUUCCGAACACAAUUCAUUUCCUUGUUCUAACCACUUAUCUGUUGUUAACUCUAAAUCAAAUAUGUCUAGAAACGGGAACAAAAACAAGAAUUUGAAGGCAGAAGAGAAAGGUAAGCUUGUAUUUGGGUCUAUAGAUGACCCUAAAUACAAAAGCCCUUCGAAUGUUUUAGAUUGGAUGGAAGUUAACCAGGUGGUUAAUGGGGAUGAGAAAAGUAAGAAUUUAUCCAGAAAACAAGAUUCAGGUACAGAAAGUUUAGUACAGAAUGAUACUAUUUCACAGGAGUUUGACAAGAUCUUGAUAGACUUGAUGGGCCUGGCUGCUUUGCAAAGGAUCAUUAGUUUUUGCUCAAAGUUCAGUUCAGAAAUUGAUUGUGAUAAUGUUUCAAGCUCCAAGAUUACAAGGGAUGGCCCAAUUUCUUCCUAUAUAGUCCGUACCUUAGAGAAUCAUAAUUCAACUGAAGUCAGGAAUUCCAGUUAUAACUUUUCCCAAUUUUUAGAUCCCUGUGUACUUUACUCAAAUGAAAGUUCCACAAAUUCAGAUACACAAGAAUCUAUGGGUUGGCUCUGUUCCAAACAGGUAAAAGACGAAAGCUUGAAUGAAGAGAGGGUUUUCAAGAUUAUUGUGGAUGGAAGACUUUUUUUGAAUAUUAAUAUGACGUUUGUAAAUCUAAGUAAUGACACCUUUGCCUUUCAAGAUAUACUUGGAUACUUUGGAGUUAAUGAAACUUCGAAAUACACUUCCAAGUUUAAUCAGGAAGCAGUCUCAAUGAUAGAAAGACACAGGAGAGAUGCUUUGGAAUUUUGGAAACUUGAAUCUAAGAUCAGAAAUAUGGAUAAUAUUAUUAUAGAUCAAGAUCAAGGUCUAAAUAGCUCUAAUAUUGUCCCAGUUCUACCAAAGAUGUUCAUUUUUCAUUCAAAGUUGAAUACUAAAAAGAUUCAAACUAAAAUAGUUUUUCCUUCCGAACAAAAACCAAAGAUUAUUGGCAAAUAUUUACAUUUUCUACCUUUAAGUGAGAAAAGAAGUGAUCUUUCAAAACAAAUUUCUAGUAUCAUACAAACUGGACUUUUAUCUGAAAAUGUAUUUUUUAUGGUAAAUCCAUCUAAUAAUCGUCUUUCAAAUAUGGUUUCAAAAGUAAACAACUUUCAAAACGAAGUAUUUUCUAUGAUUUGGAUUUCAUAUUCCACUUUGGUUUUGUCUAUUAUUGAGAGCAUCUUAAGGUCACAUUCUUACCAGAUCCUUAUUUCCUAUAGAGCUUUGAAGUUUUUAGAGAGAUUUAGAUCAAAGAGAGAUUAUGACAUUUCUAUAGUAAAAUCUAAAAACAAUGUUACAAGUGCUGAAAUAGAAAUCAAAAACAAUACAACACCAGUAAUAUGUAAUUUUUCUUUAAAAAAGAUCAUCAUUCAGCCUAGUGAAAAUAGUGAGAUUCUUAGUCUACUUGGUGAGUUACAUAACUUAACUCUUUACAACACAAGUGGAGCAAAGUUUAUUGGAAUUGGUGAAAGCAUCUCCAAGAUCUGUUCUAUUGACCAACUAAAGGACAAGUCUGAUGUUCAAACUCUUAUUAAAGAUUUGAUUUUACCGUCUUUAGAUCCAAUAUCCACCUUGAAAAAUGCUGUAGAAACCCUUUCCAAAGUUAAAUAUAACUCGUCUAUAGAAGUUAGACGAUCCAACUGGUUUGUUAAACAUGUUUGUUCAUUUAUUUCUCGGGAGCUCAUCAAGAUAAAACAGUCAAAUAACUCGAAUGAGGCUCUUCCAACUCUUAUAAGAAGCUUAAACCUCAUAAUUCAAUUGAGAGAUAGAAUCUACUCGAAUUCUAGCUUCUCUAAGUGUAUUAAGACUGAACCUCAAAGUUCUAAGUUUGAAUUCUAUAAUUGCACAGCUGGUGAAUAUAUUUCCAUUUCAGAGAUAAUUUCUUCAGAGUUGCUUCAAUUCUUUGAUAAGCAAAAUCAUCUUUUUAAAAAUUUGACUUCUAUCAGCCUUGCACAAGAGCUAAUAUCCUAUGUAAAUGACCAUUUGCAAAUCCCUCAUCCCUCUGAAGAGCCACCUUUAGGAGGUUUAGGACAUCUUUUCAAAAAAGAUUUUAAUGAAAGCAUUAUAGGAUCAGAAGAUCUUUCUAGGAACUCAACUAUUUUAUAUGAAAGAAACAAAACUAUUGCAUUUGAUGUUAAAUGGCCAAUAAUAGCCAAUAUUUCAGAAAUAAUAAACUCAAAGAAAUUUACAUAG